CAGUUGAAUUUUGGCAUGCUAUUUAUCCAAAAGUGAAAAUGCUGCCCCCUACCCCGAAGAAGUUAACUAGCAUACGUAAUGACUUGUCAGCUGUGCAAAGGUUAAUGUAUGAUGUGUCAGCUGUUCAUCUAUAAUGUAUAUAUCUUUUGGGAAAAAAUAUGCACAUUUAGAUGUUAUAUUUGAUUAGCAGCAGCAGCCAACCGUAACCGGUGUGAUUUGUAUGUGAGCUCACUAUUCCCCUCACAGUGGAGAUGUACUCUGGGUAAUCACAAUCCAACCUACAGAAGCACACCCACAGUAAGCUCUCUCUAUAAUAUAUUCUUCUCAUGUUAUCUGAGGCUUUGGCACCUAAUUUGUACUGGGAGGUGGAGAGUAUUGAUGGUAUAGAAGGUCUGAUAGGAACACUGUGAGGAGAUCAACAUGCUGCUAAUAGGAUGUGUGCUAUCAUGGUUUUAGCCUCCCACAGGCCCUGAAUCCUGGGUGACAGCUUUGUGACUCACCAAAUGUCUAUAACAAAUGUCCUGUGAGGAGAGCAGAGUUUGAACCAUAAAACUGUGAUCACUUGUGGUCCACGGCAGAGAAUAAACUAGGAUGGCAGGACCACCUGACAGGGCUGUGACAUGCACCUCCUCUCCACUCCGCACCACACUGGGAGGCACCGCUCUGAUUUGUGACCUCACGCCUCAGUGUCAUGCGGACGUGAGAGAAUAAAUAAAAACUGGACACCUGUCACCUAGAGAAGUAUAAACAAUUUGUUCUAAAUUAGAAGCCCACAAAACACUCACCCACUUUCUCAACUAAGGCCAUAUUUUCUCUCUUUCUCUCUCAUGUAACUGUCAUGAAAAGGAAUCAGCUGUUCCCUAUCAGUCAGGGAAAGCAGUCCUCAGCAUGUUACAACCGCUGUCCUGACCGCUACUCGAUCCGCCUGUAACAUCCAGAGCGUUGUCCCCCAUUGCCCCAUCUCCCCAAAGCAUGACAUCUCCUGCUACUGGCUGAGUCUGCCAGGUCUGUUAAAAUUAGAUUAGAAUUUAUGAAGAUUGCCUCACCUGGCUCACUGGUGUAAUAUAUGCUGUUGUAGUAAUUCACGUUUGGCCGUUCAUUUCCUAAGCAGCCAAGGGCCACAAUAUUUCACCAUGACAAUGUAAUCACAGGUCCACAUUAAAAAUAACUUAUUGUUUAGAAUCGGGGCCGAAAAAAACACUGACUAUAAAACUAUAGCCGUCUUGUCAUUCACGUGGAUGUUUACCUAAGAACCGAGGUCAAAGUGAUUUAAACACACAGCUUACAACCUUAUUGAUUACAGGGGGGGUUUUCACAGACACACACACACACAUAGACAGACAUGCAGAACAGAGGUUUCACAAGCCCUUUGUGUACUGAUUAGCAGGAAAUCUCAGUAAUGACUUGUGAUCCAGGGGAUAAGUAAAUGCAUAAGUAAACUAAAUGUUUUGAUUAAUACCUUAAAGCAGGUCUAAUCUGUCUUGGCUGUAUUGCUGUCUGGUCUUCGAUGCUUGAUAUCUUUGCAUGCAUUGAGCAACACAAUUUCUUCUGUCACUACUCACUUCUGUUUGUCUACCUGAUUUAGUAGUUGCCCUUUGGGCAUUUUGUCACUCAUACCAUUGUAUAACAUUACAGAUUUCAAUAGCCUGUGAAUUAGGACACUUGUUUGGUAUUAAAACAGUUUUCUGCAGUCAAAUUACCAAAUCUCCCUCUACAUUUACCACUCUCACUCUGUCUCCCUCGUUUCCUUCCUGACAAUGUUUUUCUGCUGCAGAAAAAACAUUGGCAGGGAACGAAGGAAAUGAGUGAGCAACAGGGGGGCUCAGGGUAGCAUAGAAUCAGAGAGUAUAUAAAAGGUAACUUAUUCAGUGGUUCUGAGAUGAUGACAUACAGUCUGAAAUUUUGUCUUUGGGCUGUCUAUUGUCAGAAGGAUUUAGCCUUGGCCAAUGAGAGAGGAGUAGGAGUGUGGAAAUCACAGGACGCUAUAGAAGGCAGUGAAGACACAUCAAGCACUCGUGUGAGGAUGGCAGCCAGUUUCUCUCUCCUGGAAGAGGACCUGUCGUGUACAGUGUGCUAUCAGAUAUUCAGGGAGCCAGUGAUCCUGCUCUGCAGCCACAGCUUCUGCAAGGCCUGUCUGGAGGAGAGUUGGAGUAAACGGGAGACGCAGGACUGCCCAGUCUGCAUAAGGUCCUCCAGAGACCAGUCGCCUCCCAACCUGGCCCUGAGGCAUGUCUGUGAGACUCUACUGAGGGAGAGGGAGAUUAAGGAUUCUCCUGGGCCCACAGAGGAGGCGACAGAGGGGCCCUCACAGGGUGAAAACACCAGCCACAGGGGGUUACAGGGUGUGUGUGGUUUACACUCCCAGAGGCUCCAGCUCUUCUGCCUUGAGGAUGAAUGUCUGGUGUGUGUGGAAUGUGUGUCGGAGCAUGCAGGCCACAGCUUCUGCUCUCUCGUGAAGGCAGCAAGCCAGAGGAGAGAGGGGCUCAGACCCACACGGGAGACCUUGGAGGAGAAAAUGUCUGCCUUCUGCAAAGCCAAGCUUAACUGUGACAAAAUGGCUGCUCACAUCGGGGCGCAGGCCCAGCUAGCAGAGAAGCAGAUAAUGAAAGAGUUUGAGAAGCUACACUGCUUCCUGAGAGAAGAGGAGGUGGAGAGGCUAGCUGCGCUGAAGGAGGAAGAGGGGGAGAAGAAUAAAAGGAUAAAGGAGAGAGUGAAGGAGAUAAGUGAGAUGAUGUCAUCUCUGUCGGACACAAUCAGGGCUGUGGAGGAGAAGCUGGCAGUGGAUGACUUGUUGUUUCUGCAGAGCUACAAGACUAUGAUGGAGAGAGCACAGAGUGCGCCUAAGGACCCACAGCUGGGCUCAGGAGCACUGAUCAACUUGGCUAAACACCUGGGAAAUCUCAAGUUCCAGGUCUGGCAGAAGAUGCAGGGGGCAGUGAAAUACAUGCCUGUAGUUCUAGAACCAAACACCGCACAUCCCUAUCUCUAUCCAUCUGAAGAUCUGUCCAGCCUACGAUCUGAAGAUAAAGGACAGAGUCUCCCAGACAACCCAGAGAGGUUUGAUUCAUACCGUGACAUCCUGGGUUCAGAGGGGUUCACUUCAGGGACACACUUCUGGGAUGUGGAAGUCGGAGAAAAUGAUGACUGGAGGGUAGGGGUGGCCAGUGAGUCUGUUAGUAGGAAACAUGGGUUAGAUGAAGAAGAAUGUGGAAUAUGGGCUGUUGGGGUAGCUAAUGGUGAACCUUAUAAAAUGAAGAAGAAGACCCAGAGGAUCAGAGUUUUGCUGAAGUGGGACAAACAGGAGGUGUCCUUCAUUGAUCUUAGUUCAUACACACAAACCCUCAGAACAUUUAAUCACAAAUUUACAGAGAGGAUGUAUCCAUACUUUUAUUUGUUAAAUGGUCAACCACUACAGAUCCUUCCAGGGAAAGUCUCUUUAAAUGUGGAAAACCAUGUGGAAAACCAUGAUAUGGAAUUGUUUUAAGGUGGCUAUACCAUGGAUCAUUUAGCUACUUGAUUUAGAAUUUUAGGAUUAUUUGAUAAAAUAUUGAGUUUGGUCUUUACUGCUAUGGCCCAUAGAAAUGCAUUGAAUAACACAUUAAUAAAUGGCAAAACAGACAGUCAAAAAAUAAAUCAUAAGGAUAAGGUUGAAGUGUCUGUCCUAUACAGUAUCUAGGAGAUACUGUUUAAGAAAACUCAGGAAAUAUGUAUAUAUUAUUUACACAUUUAAACCCUUUUUUUGUUGGCACAAACUAUUUCCACACUUCCAUAAUUCUUUACAACCGGUACUGGGUUACUUUCAGAUGAGUCCCGUGACACUUGUAGGGGUUGUAGAACAAAACAGAGAACACCAUCGUGUCCGUGAGGGUCUCCC